AUGCCCCCUACUCAGUUGAAGUGUUCGGUGAUGAUGGCAAGUUUGCGUCGUGAGGAGGACUUUCAAAACAAUUUAGAUAAUUUAUUCGAUAUAGCACACGCAAAUGCUUUGGAAUGCAUAAAAAUAGAAGAAGAUAAAAUCUUUUUACAAAAACAAAGAGAACCAGGGCAUCCAGGAUGUUUAGCGGGCGUAGAUAAGAAGUUAGCCGAGAAAGAAGAAAGAACAAGACAGAGAAAAUUAAAAGAAGAGAAAAAAAGACAUGAGCAAAUGUGUUCCGAGAGUUUGUCGUCAUCUCUAACUACAGAAGAUUUUAUCGAAACGCAAGAAAAUCCCGAUCAACCUACCAACUCUGAUGAAAGCCUUGAAGAACCCUUGCCAUCGACUAACAACUUCAAAAAGAGGAAGGAAAGACUUCAUCACUCCUAA